AUGGAAAGAGCUGAAGGUAAGAUUACACCUGCUAGCAAAUCAGGUCAACUCCUGGAAAAAAUCGGGCACCUGAACUUGCUAGUAAGAGAUGUGCUUCUGAAAAGUGAUCUGGAUAAUGAAGGUAUAAUGGACUUUGUGCUUAGACUGAUCUCUCUAACAAAAGAGCUGAGCAGAUCUCUCAGUCAGCAGCUGGAGAACAUUAUGGAAAGUAUUCAAGACACCUGCCACUUGCUGAGUGUUCUUCAUGACAAACACAAGGAAUUGACUGCAAGUCCAGAGUACAAUGGAAUUAUAGAUUGUCUGCAGAAAGUGAAGGAUUAUUUGAUGAAUACAGUCUUACACCUUCAAGAGACAGAAAAUAAACUUUAUGUCUCUAGCUGCAGACAAGAUGAUGAUUCUCAGUUCCAACCUGCUCAAAAUGCUUCUAGAGAAACAGAUGUGCGUUGUUCUGAAGGAAAAGCAACAGAGUCUGUGCAAGCAUCUUCCAGUCCCAGUCAGCAAUCCCAGAGAACUCCUUCCCUGAACAAGACAGAAAGUCAGAAUGUUAAUAAAAACCAUCUAAGUGAAACUAAGACUGUGGAAAAAGACAUUGUUGCAUCAUUAGCGGAAAAUGUAUCUUCUAUAGAACAGGACGUUAGCAGAGAACCUCCAAUGAAAAAGGAAGAUGGUGAACACACACUGCUAAUGAACUCUGUUACAGGGAAAAAAGAUUGUAAUGCAAAAGAUAAACCCCAUGGAGGUAGCUCUGUUGCUGGAAAGUCUCCAGAACUGGCUUUUGAGGACACUCUUAUGAGCAGGGAGGAAGGUAUUCUAUCUGGGACAUCGAAAGACAUUUAUGACGGAACUGUCAUGAAUCUUUCUGAAAAGGAAAAAAAAGCAGUAAUCAAAGAACCUUCAGAAGGGGUAGAAAGUGAAGAACAUAGACUGACAGAGAGAACAGAAGACAGUAAAAUGGAAACAAAUAAUGAGAUUUGUAAGAAUGACCUAAUUACCUUUACAUCUUCAGCACAAACAAAUAAUCUUACUGCUGUGAAUCUUUUUAUGAAUGAGUCAGAAAAAGUUCAAAAAUCUAGGCACUGGAUGAACAAAGAAUUUCUAGUGGAAGAGAGUGGUAAGAAUGAAAAAGAAGUAGCUUGUUUUAUUAAAGCCCCUGCAACUGCUCUGGAGAAUCUGAAGUGUAAGAUAGUCAACGACACUAGUUCGUUGGUGGUGGAUGAUUCGGAGGAGCUGGUCAGCAAUGUCAUCAGUAUUGAAUGCUCUGAUUAUAAGAAAACAAUCCCUUUCCCUAUCAACAUUGCAAUCCCGUUUACUUCAUGCUGCAGAGGAAAUUAUCGGGAGAUUAUGGUGAAGGUGACUGACGUGAACUUUCAAUCAAACUACUUAACUCCUAUUUCUUUGGAGGGUAACCAAGGAAACUGUAAGGAAAACUUUGCAGAAGUGCAAAUUUAUCAGCUGGGUGUUUUUUCUGUGUUGUCAUGCUUAAAGAGAGAAAUAUUUACUGUUCCAAAGGCAGGACUCUCACAAAAGCUGAACGUGGAUUCUAGAAUCUCUUUUUAUUACCGUCCAGAAACAUUCAGUUCUCCAGCACCCAUGCAGUUAAAGGUUCAGCCAAUUGAACCAUCAUUGGUUUCAACAUUGAAAGCAAGACACGAUACAUACCACGCAGUGGUAGCUACUAGUGCACUGGUUUAUGUCCAGCAUCCUUCAGCCCAAACAUUUAACAGCUCAGUCACUGUUACUCUACCCUGUUUUCCAAACCCAGUAAAAAAAAGACAAGGAGAUGAGACAGAACAUGUGAGAGCCAUUAGUGCUACAGCAAAGAGGGUUGCUCUGGCAUACCAACCUCGGGCUGUGAGUGCUUCUGUGAGAAAAAAUGGAGAGAAUCUCAGUGAUACUUUGAAAUUAGUAGGUCACAGAAACAAGGAAGAGGGGUGGAAGGUGUUUGACAAUGUUAUUAUCCAGAAUGUUCGGAAUGGGCUUGUAUCAUUUGAACUAAAUGAGCAUUUAGAAAGUUUUGUUGUCAUUCGCCUUUCGUUCCUCUUGGAAAACACGCAUCUUCUCCUCUUUGCUCAGGCUCUGGAAGAAGCUGUUUGUAGCACAAUGGCUAAUGUGAUACUAUAUCGGAUUUUUAAGAGAGAAAACCCAUACAAAAUAGUAGUUUUGCUAUCUGCAUCCAAAGAAUUGACCUGGGAAAUUCAAAAUCUCCAUGAGGAGGGCUACUUUGGUCCCCCAGAACCUACACAGCAUUUCUCAUUAAGAGAAGGAGAGCAAGUUCAUUUUAGAUUUAGAGGAAAUAUUUUUGCUUCAGAGAAUGGAAAAGAUUUUGGAAAAGUCUACAGGCUGAUUUUUCAUUCACAAAGAAAAGCCAGGCUGGAGCUCCAAAUUAAAGAAGUGGAUGAAUUUGGUAACUACAGUUCACCUCAUUACAAAGGAACAGCAGUGUUUUAUAAAAUUACCAGAGAGAUGAUAACCAAGGAAUGGGAACAGACCUUGCCAUAUGCUGAAUACCAACCCCAUUCUCCCCUGUGUAAAUUGGCACUAACAUUACCAAAGGUGAGAGUCACUGAUGGAGCAGUUCUGCUCCAACAGCAAUGUACAAACACCCUCAUAAUUUCUCUUAGCAGGUGGGAUGAAUCCUCAUCCAAGCGAGCCCUAUGGGACAACUUGCUAUAUUGGCUUGCAGAAGAGCUUGCAGAAGAUAACACGUCAUUGCCUGCUUUAUGCUUACCUGUACGGCGGAGCGUACUUCAGCUUGUUAGGCUGAAGUGCCCUGAUAAUUUAACACACCAGAUCUAUGAGCUGCUUUGCUGCUGGAAAAAGACCCUUCCAAGGUCAGCUGAUAAACAGCAGCUCCUGUCUCGCUAUUUGCGGAAGAGUGGCAGAAGUGAUCUUUCAGAAGAACUUCGUUUUAAGUGGCAAAAUAAAAUGUUCAUUUGA